AUGGCAGCUGCAGACGUAGCAGAGCGUGCCGCUCACAAGAGGCCGUUUGCUGCCUGGGUCAAGCGUCUGACCAAUCUGCACCCCAGCAGCAAGAAGUCCAAGAAGGCCACCCAGCUCAAGAACAACCCGUACCCUCAGUCUGGCCGUCUCCAGCAGUGCCGUCACGAGUCUCACGCCUCCCAAUCCGCCUCGGACAAUUACAGCUCCCAGUCCGCCUCGGACAAUGCCAGCCUCAACGUCCACCACGCUCCCGACUCGACCGCCAGCAGGAACUCAUCCCUCUCGGCUCCUCCUGUAAACAGCAACCGCUCCCAAGCCAACACUGUCGCCACCAUCCCAGAGACCAUCGCCUCAGAUCGAGGCUACUUCAAGUCGUCGACAAACGGCCAAGGCGGUGCACUGAGCUCCGUCGACGGCGCUGGUCCCAACAGCACCUUCUCCUCGCCAAACCACAUCUUGACUCUGGCCUCUUCCUCCAAGCGCCGUCGCCGCUCCAUGGAUACCGACGCAUCUGUCCGCGCUAUUGCACCCAAGAGCAUGUGGGGAGACAGCAGGGAAUCCCUGCCUCUGAGUGUCCUAAGUGCCAACAUCGAUCACACUUCCUCUCGCCCUGCCGUCGGCGGUCUCAUCAGUGCCGAGCGCGCAAGCGUCUACUCCUCUCGGGACGUGUCGGCCCCUGCCAUUGCCUCCGACCGCAACAGCUACUAUGCUGCGAGUCAUAGACAAGUCAGAGACAGAGAGCGAGACAAAGAAGCUCACCGUGAUCGCGAAUUUGGCGCAGAUGGCCGAAGCAUCAAUUUUGACGCCAAAUCGCUCAACUUUGACGGCAGAAGCUUAGCUGGCGACCAUGCCAGUUUGAGGGGCUACGAGGGCAGUGUACGCAGUGGCGCUUUGGGUCAUGGCCAUGCCCGCAAUGAUAGUAUCCCCAGCGGUGCACCAAGUCCCAUGGUCGGCGGGUCUCCUCUGCUCAGAAGACCUUCGGGUGCUCUGACCUUUAGCUCCGAUGUUCGUGACAAGGAAGACCAUGAGCCUGCGGACCACAAGAAUCAUGCUUAA